ACAGUUGCCUCAAAGUUUCAAGAAGGUUGGCAUAGUCUUCGGCCACGCACUGGCCUGAGAAGAUGACAUCGUCCGGCCCAAUUCGGUUCACCGAGGACAGCGCUUUCUGCCCUCAACUAUAAUGGCGGCGCUGCCCAAUUUGGCUUAUUGCCCUUAGUGGUGAUGGCCACCAGGCGGCUUCACUUAGUUUCUCACUACCCCGGAAGACGGGGACCGGCGAUUGGGCGGUGCUCAACGGCUCCGAAAAGAAGGCCCUUGGCGGUUGGGCAGUGCUGGGUAAGGCUAGUUUUAAAGGAGACGGAGGUGGGAGCCGUCGAAGACCCGGGAUCCGCGGGAGGCGGCGGCUGGAGCCUGGGAUCCCCCAGGGACUCCCCGGAGCCGCCGCUUUCCCCAUGGACUUGCCCGGGGACUCCAGCCCGUCUGGCCGGCAGCAUCUGUGCCGCCAGCCCCUGGCUCGAGCAUUAUGGGGAGCCAGGAGCCCGAAACGGCCGAGGCUGCAGUCCCUUGGGGCCCCUUCGCCCUUGGAAAAAGCCUCUCGGCGGGUCCUGGCCGUGGUCCUGGAAGAUGUCAUGGCUGCCCACAUGGUCCCCCUGGUACCCCAAAAGGAGAUCUCCACCCCUCGGCACCACAGCAACCAUCAGGAUUCUGUCCACAGCCAGUCACCUGCCUCACAGGCUAGGCCUCCUGACCCACUGCACUUAUGCCGAGAGCCCUUGAGCCGUGUCCAUCGGCCCCCUUCCACACUGAGGCGGCGAUCAAGGACAACGCCUGGCUCAAAGGAAGGCCCUUCACAAAAGGUGGCCCAGACCCCCCAGCCCACUCUGGUGGUGAUGCUAGAAGACAUUGCCAGCUCCAGAGCCCCAGCUGAGGGCUUUGCUGAUGAGACUUCCAACUUCAUCAUCCCAGCAAGAAGAGCUGAGCCCAUGAUGAUGGUUCACCAACCAAAGCCUCCGUCCAGGGACCUGGAACCCCCAUUCCAGCCAUCUGCUCUGUCUGCAGACCCUCUGGAGAGCCCACCACCAGCCCCAGAUCCAGUUCUGGAGCCCCCAUCGACCCCACCGCCGUCCAGCCUUUUACGCCCCCGCCUCAGUCCCUGGGGCUUGGCCCCCCUCUUCCAUUCCGUCCGCUCCAAGCUGGAGAGCUUUGCCGACAUCUUCCUCACACCCAACAAAGUCCCACAGCCCCCACCUCCAUCACCCCCCAUGAAGUUGGAGUUGAAGAUUGCCAUCUCAGAGGCUGAGCAGUCUGGGGCUGCCAAGGGCACUGCAACUGUCAGUCCCCGGCCCCCUAUUCGCCAAUGGCGGGUCCAAGACCGCAAUCCCCCAGCACCUCUCCCUAAGCCCUCUCUGGGCCGAAGUCACUCCUGCCCUGAUCUGGGGCCCCCUGGCCCAGAUACCUGCAGCUGGCCCCCUGCUCCACCCCACCCAAGCUGGUCACGGCCACGGCGGCACACUGUAGGUGGUGGAGAGAUGGCCCAAGCCCCGCCACCUCCUCGACCCUGUCUCCGGAAAGAGGUGUUCCCUCUUGGAGGAGUGGGAGGCUCUCCUCCCCUCGUCACAUCUUGCUCGUCUACUACAUCCACUUCUUCCUUCUCUGAACCUGCAGAACCCAGGUUGAGCUCAACCAAGAGGAAGGAGCCAAGGGCCUCAGAGGACCAGGAGCUUUCAGACCCUGAGACCAAGACCAUGGGAAAGGUUUCUCGAUUCCGAAUACGUAGGACACCAGCCCGUUCUCAACUAAACCUGACACCGAUGGGGCUGCCUCGACCAAUCAGGUUGAACAAGAAGGAGUUCAGCUUGGAAGAAAUUUAUACCAACAAGAAUUACCAGUCACCUACAACCAGGAGGACUUUUGAGACCAUCUUCGAGGAACCCCGGGAGCGCAAUGGGACUCUGAUUUUCACUAGCUCGAGGAAGCUCCGGCGAACUGUAGAAUUUCGGGACAGCAGCCUUCCUCGAUCCCGGCGGCCAUCUCGUGGGGCCCGGGCUGCAGCUGGCCGGACCCUUACUCCCAACCUGGCCCCCAACCCAGAUGUAGGACCCCUGCUGCAGCAGCGACUGCAGGAGCUGGAUGCCUUGCUCCUGGAGGAGGAGGAAGGGGAUCGAGAGCGGCCCCAUCGGACUUAGAAGCUCCAUCUGUUUGUCUCUCCAACCAUCCGGGAGGGAGGGGAAGUCUCUGAGGCAGUUAUAUAUUUUCUCUAUAUUUCUAGUAAAGUUUUCGAUAUGUUUCUGAUUCUUUUGAA